CGCAGAGCCCUGCACGCGCUGCAGAGGUACACCAGCCAUGCUCGGAUGGUCGACCCAGCUCGGCAACAAGCUCUUCGGCCCUGAUCCCAAGCUCGAGUUCCGCAAGCCAGGCCAAGGGCUCGACUUGCUCGCGGGACCGACGAUCUCGAUAGACGCUCCUUACUGGAACCAGUACCUCACCAUCUUUGACUCGCCCGCCGACCUUCCGCACCUCCUGCCCUCCCAAGCCCUCCUCCACGCCCUCCACCGCAACCCUCUCAACGUCCUCACCCUCGUCCACUUUGCCUCGUCGACCCUCUUCCGCCUCCUCGCGACGCCCGACUUCCCUCACGGCCACGACCACGCCCGCGAGGCUCUCAACGCCGUCCGCGUCCUGACGAGGGUCGUCCCGCUCCUCCUUGCGCCGCGCGGCGUCGACGCCGAGGGCUUUGCCGCCGUCGAUGCGGUCGAGGACGAGCUGUUCUGGAGGCGAGAGCGGGUACCGGUCGCGCGUGAGAUCGGCGAGGAGCCGGUUGGGGCGGCGCAGGCGGGUGCGGGGGCAGGAGCAGGAGGCGGGAACGAGGAUGGGCAGUUCGUCCUCGAAGACGACGACGACGACGACGGCGCGGCGGCGGGCGACCCGCUCUCGUCCUCGACGCCCGCCGCAUCGUCUUCGGCUGCACCUCGCGCCCAGGAGCCAGCGUAUGACGAGCUGCCGCCGCUCGCCGUGCGCCUCCUCGGCGCGCUCGUCGACCUCCUGUUCGUCCCUGGCUUCACGGUCGCCGAGUCGCUCGCGGCGCCGCAGCCUACGGGUCACGAGGGCCGAAGCGUCGUAACCUACGCCAUCUGGGAGCCCGGCAUCGCCUCGUCGACGCCCUCGCCGCCUCUCCCGACGUCGUACCUCACCGCCCGCGUCGAGAUCCUCCGCCUCCUCACCCUCCUCAUCUCGCUCCCCUCGCUCCUCACCCCGCCCCACCUCUUCCCGACCCUCCCGAACCGCUGGCGCGACGCCCUCGUGUCGGGCCUCGCCGCCGGCCACGGCGACCGCAACGUCGUCCUGUGCCUCCUGUGCUCGACGCUCAACGUCGCGCUCAACGCCGGCGCGGCGGCGAGCUCGGCCGGCACCGACGGCGAGUCGCUGCGUGCGAGGGCGGCGCGCCUCGCGGCCGACACGGCGAGGCGCACGGGCGCGUCGCCGUCGACGGCGGUCCUUGGUGGCGACCAGGCGUCGGCCAAGCAGGCGCUCGUCGGCGCGUCGCUGCACCUGCUCGGCGCCGUCCUCCUCGAGCAUGCCCCGUCCGCCGACUCGCCCUCGCCUGCCGCCGCCGACCCGGGCCCGUCCUCGUCGCCAAACCUGUUCGCCUUCUACCUGUCGAGGCUGCACCGCCCGGCCGACCUGUCGUUCUUCGUCUCGGGCACGCUCGGCCUCGUCGAGUCGGCGCUCGCGGCUCCGCCCGUCGGCGGCCUCUUUGCCGGCGCCGCCGCAGCCGUCGCAGGCAGCGCCGGGCUCGGGACGAGCGGCGGAACUGGCGGCGGCAGCAGCGGCAGCAGCGGCGACGCGCGGCGCGACCCGGCGUGGGCGACCGAGGCGCUCGUCCUCUUGUCGCGCGCUUGGGCCCUCAACAAGAAGCUCGUCGCGCACGUCGCGCGCGACGUCGGCGGCGUCCCACCGCUCGUCAGCGCGCUCGAGGCGUGCACGCUCGAGUGGCGCGACGACGAUGCGGCACUCGGGCUCGUGCGCGCGGCGAGCUUUGCGCUGCAGAGCGUGAGCGCCGAGGUGGGUGCGGCGGUGCUCGCGAGGGGCAACGAGGGCAGGGAGGAGCUCGCGAGGGUGCUGAGCGCGCCGAUGGGCGUCGGGCUGGUCGGCGCGAGGUUGGCGAGCGUCGUGAGGCGGCUCGUCGCGGCGCAGGGGGUCGAGCUGCAGGGUGAGGGCGGUCGCGAGGGAAAGGGCGAGGACCGGGACGUCAGCUGUGCCGAGUUCAUCACGAUAUCCCUCCACGCCGUCCUCCUUCCCUCGCCUCACGUUCCCGCACACGCACCCUCGCGCACCGCCCUCUCGACCCUGUACCCGUCGCGCCUCCUCCUCUUGUCCAACCUGUCGCCGUUCGUGCGCGACCUCGGCCACGACGCCGCGACGAGGCUCGUGCGCGUCUGGCUCGCCUUCUCGGCGCCGAGCUGGGUCAUGAUGGAGGAGGGCAACCCGAGGCUCAUGUUCUGAAUCCCCACCUCCUCUACGCCCUCACCAUCACCCUCAAGCGCCUCGAGCUCC